UUCUCUUUCUCUCCUUCUCCACGUCUCUUUUUCCAUCUGUUUUUUAUAUAAUCUUUUCACUUUUCUCUCAACCAUUUUCUCUGUUUUUUUUUAUUCUAAUUGUAACAAUUAACUGAUCAUCUUUUUUUUUAAAGUGAAAGAAUUGAUUGUCCAUCGAUAAUAUUUUCUACAAUCUAUUUGUGAUUAAAUCAAAUCUCCACCAACACCAAGGAAUCAAUUGGAAAUCAAUUUGUUUCUCUUGUUCUUUUUCUCUUUUGGUGACCGGUGGUGAUUCCCUUUUUUGGGUUAAACCCUCAAUUCUUUUGCAUAUGUACCAGUGUUUUGGUUGAUUCUUUACAUUGGAAUCUCUUUCUCUCUCUCUUUCUUUUGGAAAUCAAUUGUAUUCUUUUCUUUCUAAUUUAUUCUAAUUCACCCCCUUCUCUUAAUUAACUGAUGGGCAUCACACACAGUGCAUUGAAUAAUCUGAAAAGCAAUGAACAUCUCAGUAAAUUUGCUUCCAGUCAACAUAUUCCAGUUGAAGAUCCCUUUUGGGAUGAUAUGCUUGGUUUCUCCUUUAAUAGAACAAUCCGAACCUUAGAAGAAACCAAACUAUUGGAGGAACAGGUACUUCCUCUUCUGGAUUCACUUCUUAAUCACAAUUUAAGUUCAAAUAAUCUUGGUUCCUUGGUUAAAGUUCUCAUUGGUAAAUCAAUCGCUCUAAAAGAUGAGCUCAAUAAAGAGACAAGUCAAAAUGUUUUAUUAUGUCAAACAUUUAAUUCAAUGUUCGUCAUUAGGUGUUGCUCGAAACACUUGAUACAAACCCUGACCGAGGAAAAUGUCCUGAAAUAUUUUGUUUCUCGAACCAUUGGACCUGGAGGAAAAGAGAUAACUUCAACUGGAACUGAAACCAUGGAAUCACUAAUUAACAAUCUAGUUUCAAUACUUGUUGAUAUUCCAUUAAGCGAUUUCUCAUAUGCUCUUCACUGUGAAACGAUUAAUCUUCUGUUGGUACUUCUAUCAGUUCAAAUGUACUCGGCGAAACCAGCAAACAAAUCGGUCAUCUACAGAUGCAUCAUGAAAAAAUGUGCAAUCCAUUCAUUACUAUUAACCAAGUGUCUUAUCAAUAAUUUUAUUCGUCAAGAUAUUCCACCUCGAUCUGAUGGAGGUUCUCUCAUACUUGACCUGGCCUCAGGCCUUUGGAGUGCAUUAACAUUAGGCUAUGGGAAAAAUGCUACCGAUGAAUCUGUUAAACCAGUUUUAGCUCGAUUAAGUUUAAUCCUAUUAUUAGUACUAACUUAUCAUUGUACAACCGAUUCAAAUCCCUAUCGUGAAGCUUUAUUCAACUGUUGUGAUCUCCAGGUUGAUAGUAUUGGUGUUGCCAGUUUGGUUUCUGGUUUCAAGAUGAACUUUAAUCAAUUAUUUACUACUCUUUGUACAACCCAGAAUGAUGAUCAAUCAACUCUCCUUCUUUACAUGUUACUCCAUAAGAAUCCAUCGUUUCGAGCUUUCUUAAUCAGCCGAACAUCACAAUUAGAUGAUUUAACAAUUCCCGUUUUAAAAAUACUUUACAAUUCCAGUGAGAAAAGUUCACAUCAUAUCUACAUGGCCCUGAUUAUCCUUCUAAUCCUUAGUGAAGAUCAACUAUUUAAUCAAUCUAUUCAUGAUAUUACUCUUAAAAAUAUAACUUGGUAUACAGAACGAACUCUAUCCGAGAUCAGUUUGGGUGGAUUAAUCAUUCUGGUGAUCAUCCGAACAAUUCAAUAUAACAUUUCUAGAACAAGGGAUAAAUUUUUGCACACUAAUUUAUUGGCAACUUUAGCAAACAUGUCUAAUCAUUUUCGACGAUUAAGUCCAUACGUUUGCCAACGAUUGGUAACAUUAUUUGAGAGAAUAUCAAAAAAAUUAACCAAGAUCUUAAACAAUCAAAGUGUUAAUAAUUUAAAUGGGAGCAGCGGGUCAAUUGGAAUGGGACCAGGCGGUGAUUCGGGUGAAAAAUUGUCCGAUAAAGAUACCGAUAUAGCCUCGACUGUUGGACCAUUGGAUUCGAUGCAGGAUACAUCGAUCUACGAAGAGGUGAUUCGAAUGCUAUUGGAAAUAAUUAAUUCCACUCUAUCAUCUCAACUGAUUCACAAUCCAAACUUGGUUUACCAAUUACUUUACAAUCGUCAGGUUUUUGAACCUUUCCAAAGUCACCCCUCAUUCCAGGAUAUUAUCAUGAACAUUGACACAGUAUUGACCUACUUUUCAAAUCGAAUCGCUGCCGCUGAGGAUAAUAACUCUUCGGUUGCCCAAGUGUCCGAGAUAAUUCAAAAUUGUUCCCUCCAAUGGCCAGCAGAUAAAAUGAAGAAAUUUCCUGAAUUAAAAUUUCGCUAUGUGGAAGAUGAUAAACCGGAAGAGUUUUUCAUUCCCUAUGUUUGGUCAAUAGUAUUCAAGUCAUCGGGAAUCUAUUUCAAUACGCUGAAUAUACUUUUAUUUAAUCCACAUCGAAAUGUUAUUUAAUUCUUCAGACUAAAUAAUCUUAAUUUAAAAGCAAUCAAAUUUGAUUAUAAUUGGAAAUCAUUUCAAUUUUGAUUCAAACGAAGGAGCAAAAAAAAGAAACUUUUUUCUCGGUGAGAAAAAUUCGUAUUUAAGAGUCUAUUUGUUUGCUCUCGAAUCGAAAUUAUAAAUGUUAAAAAAGGCGAAAAGUUCCAAAAAUUGUCUUGGAAUUUAUUGGAAAUUCCAUCCAUUGAUCUUCAUGGGGAGAAGAAAAAAAAAUUUAAUAAACCAAAAUCCGUCAAAACGAAAAUGAAUGCGUCAAAAUAAAAUUCGAAUGUAUCAUUGAAA